UUUUGCUACUAUAACACGGUCGCAGAAACUGCCGUGUGACCGCAAGUGGGGCUGCACCGGUGCUAACACGCUUCUCUCUAGUAAGCAGGGUUGUGACGUGUGAACGCUGCGCAAAAUUUACACCGGUGUAAGAUAUAUCGCAACAAAAUACAUCGGUGCAGCAUCGAUGCAAAUAUGUGCCGUGUGAACACCCUAUAUAUGAAAAAUAUUUGCCCCCUUGCGAUUUCUAAUUGCCCCCUUAGUAAACUGUUCCUGGCGCCGGGCCUGGCGCACAUCAUGUUGUGACAGUUCUGGCUCUUCACGCAAUAGAUGAAUUUCUUUUUUGCGUCGCUAGUACCGCCACUUUUUGAAAGAAUGUCCCUGAUUUUAGUGUAGGUCUGACGGAGUUUCUUCACUUUUAGCCGACAUUGUUCUGGGGAGCGCGUGAACCCCUUCUCCUUCAUUUUCUCACUGAAUACAGCAAACACGUCGGCAUUUUUGUGUGUUCUCUCCAAAAGCUCAGAUAUGUGGACAUCUGCCCAUAUAUCCACAAGGGUACGCGUUUCUUCCUCGGCCCACGUUUGCCCCCUACUCAUUUUUUGUACUCUGUAGUCUAGCCUACCACUGGUCUGAAUGACUGAACGACUGUUGUAAGGUUCCCUUGACAACCGAAACAGUGUUUGCACUUUGCGGUGGAGUGUCGAGACUCUGUUUCCCAUAAUGCUCGACAAACGACGGAAGCUCCCGAGGUACAAAAAAGCAAAAUUGUCGGAUUAGGUCCGGUCUGCUUUCACACCUCCAAAAGAUCCGCACCAGGGUUCCUUUGGUCCGGACCGAGUCCGACCUUGCAGCUCGGUCUCGGUCCGCUUGUUUGGUCCGGACCAGAGUUCGGUGGUUUGUAUUCAGAUCAACCCAAAAGGUCCGGACCAAGGGAAAUUUGGUUCGUUUGGUCGUUUGGUCUGGACCAAACAACGUAGGUGUGAAUACGCCAUAUGUCAAGUCAACUUUAUUGUCAAAUAUGCUAUACAUGCUCGACAUACGGCACAGAUGAAAUUUCAGUCCUCUCUGACCCACGGUGCAAACAGACAAUGCAAUAAAUAAAAAUAGAAUAAUUGAAAAAACAAACAAUAUAAACAGUAUAAAUAGAAUGCCUUUAUUGUCACUAUACACAUGUACAAUGAGAUUAAAGCAUCUCCAGUAACAGUGCAAACAGCGUGUAGGGGGGAAGGGAAAAGAGAGAAGAAAAAAAGGGGGGGGUAAGGUGCACAGUCUGAGGUGUAUAUGUUGUGUUACACAUUAUGGAGUGAGGUAUUGCACAGUGACAGUCACAUUGUAAAUUAUUGCACGAGAGGGUCACAUUAUGAGAUAAAAUAUUACACAUUAUGAAUUAUUGCAAGGUAGGGUAAGGUGCACAGGCUUGAGGUAUAUGUGCUGUGUGUAAGGUGCACAGUCCUGAGGUGCAUGUGUUGUGUGUAAGGUGCACAGUCCUGAGAUGUAUGUGUUGUGUGUAAGGUGCACAGUCCUAAGGUGCAUGUGUUGCGUUUCACAUUUUGGAGUGUGGUAUUGCACAUUUUAAAAGUAUUGCAUAGAGAGUCACCUUAUAAAGUACUGCACAUUUAUAAAUUAGUAAAAUAAAAUAGACUAUAAAGUCAGAGCAUAUCCGAGUUCAGGGCGGUUAUGGCUUUUUGGAAAGCUAAACACUCUAGAUAGGAACUAGACAUAGACUAAACACACAAACAGUAUAAACACUUGAUAGGAACUAGACAGACUAAACACUCAGACAAUAUAAACAGUAUAAACACUCUAGAUUUGAACUAGACGUAGACUAAACACUCAUAUACAUACACAUAUAUAUACACACACACACACACAAAUGCCUCUGUUGGUGUACACGUGCAUACAUAUGCCUUCAACAUUGUACAAGAUUCAGCAACUUAAGGCUUUCACAAUACCUGACGGUCACAGAUCAUAUGGAACUAAUUGGCAGAUGCACAGUCAUGAAAUGCAUUGUGUUUUUCAGGCUCCUCUUCGUAGCGUGCAAGCUGCUGUCUAUGAUGAACCGGCAAGCACAUUUAAACAAUCCUCUCUCUAUUUAUGGCUCCGUAUCUUUAAAAUUUACAAGAUGUUAUUAAACUUAAAACAAACCACAAUAAACACUUUACUUUUGUUGGUUUGGGCUGUGCGGCGUCCACCGUGUUGACUACUCCGCACAAAUCAUAGCGGACCCUUCCAUUGAAAAGUGGUUUAUCUUUAUGAGGGUUUAUCGUGGUGUUCAGUCGCUCUCGGUAGAUCGUGUGGUGCAGCUAAAGCACCCUUGCUUACAUUGUUAAUUUAAACAUGUCCAAUAGUUUGUCGCAAUUUCAGUCAUGUAUUUGACUCAUAAAACAUAAGUAAACCAGUGAAGCUCAUGAACUGGCCAGCAACAGUAUCUAAGGAUUUAAUGGUAAUCUCUCCCCAUAAUUAGAUGAGCUGUAAUUAGAAAAUCCUGUUCACGGUGCUACAUCUAGUUACUCAACUACAGCUGAACACAGCACCGGAAAAUGGUUAAAGUUAACAUGCAACUCAUUUUAACUGUAUUUUUAUUCUUUGCGUCAGUGGCAUGCUUCUAUCCAGCAAGGAUGGGAAAUUUCACAUCCACAAGUGCUGGAAGGUUUUCAAACCAGAUCCAUACCCAGUUUAUACAGGAUGCAGUGUCUCAUAACUGCGUUGUUGUAUUCUCCAAGACAACAUGUCCUUAUUGCAAGAUGGCCAAGAAUGUCUUCAAUCAAAUAGGAGCUGCCUAUAAGGUGAUUGAACUGGAUGAACAUAAUAAUGGCCACCAAAUUCAAGAGGCUUUAGCGCAAAUCACCGGUGCCAGAACGGUCCCAAGAGUUUUUAUCAAUGGACAGUGCAUUGGAGGAGGCUCUGAGACACAACAGCUUCAUGAACAGGGCAAACUUUUGCCACUCAUUGAGAAGUGUAAUCCAUGCUGCUUGAAUAAUGCUGCAGAGGGAUCAGGCAGUGGGCAAUAUGCUUCAUAAGUUAUUAUUAUUAUUAUUAUUAUUAUUAACAAGUAGUUAAAUUUAUUUAGUGCCUUUCACAAACACAACUCAUUAAUUUAUGACCUAUUACCAUUCUCUUGCAAACCAGAUGAAUUAAAUCAGUGAGUACUGAGAUAAAAAAAAAAAAGUGACUGGCAUCAGGCUUUCAUUAUUUUGGUGUAUAUUAUUUUUAAUGUGUUCCUACCUGAGUAGUAUUCAGUCCUGUAUAAUUUUUAAAAUAAUCGUACAACAAAGUAUGAAUUGCCUUUUUGGCAAACGUGGAAUUCUCUGAAGAUGAUUAAACUGUUACUAUGUACAAACACUAGCUCUUGUUUAAUCGCAUACACUUCUGUGUUUAGUGGCUAUUGUUUAAACAAAUUUUGUUAAUAUGAUGUCAAGAUGCCCAUGAUGCUCAGCUGUAAAGGAAUGUUUGUGAAGCAUAAAAAGUGUUCCGAUGGCAAGGUAAUCAAGUAGGAAGAUAAAUGUUGGAAAAUUAUGUUAUACCUCAUGUAGUGUGGCUCAACGUUAACAUGUAUGUUCAGUGAUGCAGCAUAAUAAAAUCCACAUACCAUUAGUGAUA